CAAACAGAUCGUUUCCUUUCCCCUUCGAAGAAAGCCCAUUAACGUCUAUGAAGAAAUUGUGGAUAUAAUGGAGAGAAGAAAUCCAUCCAGGGGAAUACAAUUGUUUGUCGAUGAGGAAACCGACAAACUUAUCCAUCCCUAUAACAGUUCAAAUAAGAAAACUCGUGAAGAAUGGGAAGCCAUGGAAAUAUACUACAAGUAUGGAAAAUGGACAAUUGAAGAGAAGAAAAAACUGCUAGAAAAUUGGAAUUGGUAUCUUGAAAAAUAUGGAUCUGCUUUCGAAAACCCUUUAGAUUUACUAGACAGGAGGGGAAAUCAGGAUUUAAUUAAUCUGAUGAAAUAUUCAGAUUUCUUUCUGGUCAUUGCAAGGUCAUUAAAUAGGUCAACAGCUUCCUGUUACUUAAAACUGAGACGAGAUGUACGUACAGUAUCUUUGAAAAAUGGAUCUUUUUCUGAAAUAGAGUUGAAGAAAUUGAAAAAACUAUCAAAAAAACAUAAAAACAAUUAUCGGGCCAUUGCUGACAAAAUGGGACGUGACCGCCAGUCAGUAAAGGACAAAUUACGUCGUCAUGGUAAAACAGUAAAGAGCCGGAACUGGACUGCUGAAGAAGAUGAAAACUUAAUUAAAGCCCUACAAGAAGUUACUGGUUUACACAACCUGGAUGAAAUAAAACAACUGGAAAUUCCUUGGAGGACAGUAGCACAGCUUGUGCCCACCAGACACGAGGAACAAUGCAGGGCACAUUUCUCUUUCUUAAAACGUUGGAAGCUUCAAAACAUUGAUGAGAAUGCUAGUAAAUUGAAAAAAUGGGGAAAAAAAGAGUCACAUCGGUUGAUAGAUAUUUUAUCCAAUGGAGACUAUUUUUUUGAAACGGAUAUUGAUUGGAACGAAGUUAAUCAAUCAUUUGUCGAUGUCAGUCCAUCAGCAAGUUAUACACAAUUACAGUUCUAUAAACUGAAAAGUGGUAUACCAGAUUUCCAUAAAAAAACAUUUUCUGAUUUGUUAGUAGAAAUUAGUUCCAGUCAUAAACACUAAUCAUGUUAAUAAUUAAUAGGUCUGGACAAUUAUAUAUGCACAUUGAGUAGUUAAAAGCUAUAUCAGAUAUGAAUAUGAAUAUCACAGAUGAACGCAUUAUCAAUUAAAGUUGAGGGGUUCAUAUUUUUUGAAUUUUGAAAAAAAAAAUAAAGCAAUGAAUGAUAUCUAUCAGAGAAAAGGAAAUUUGUUCUGCAACCUACAUCCAAUAUUUUUAAUAUUGUAUCAAAAAUUUCCCCAAACUGUUCAGGGUUUAAUCCCUGCACAGCCUACAGUCGUAUCAGGCUGCACUUAGUGAAGCAUUUUAUUUGUUUUUGGAAUGAAUGAGAUAUUAGAAGUUUGAAAAAUUUUGAUGAUAUAAAACCUUAUACAAGAGUUUGAUGAAAGAAAAACAUUAAGACAGCCAAGUUCCUAAUUUAAUGAAAAUUUCAGAGAUUGCAUUGAUUUUAAAUUUUGGUGUAUAGAUGUUUAUCUUUUGAACAUGAUGUCAAUGACCUUCAGUUGCGGAUCCAGGGGGAGGGUUCCAGGGGUUGGAAUACCUCUUUUUUUUGGAUGAUCAAUGCAUUUGAAAGUGGACAUAUAGUUGGACACCCCCCUUUUUAAAAUGGCUGGAUUCGCCCCUGAUCUUGGUUAAAUAAACUGACAUUUAAAAUAAAAAAAAAACUAUUUCUUUUGUAAAAACACCAAUUUUUACCAGCUACUUAUGGAAUAAAAUAUAAGCAAAAAUGCUACCAUUAAAAAUAAAUUAUGUUCUAAAUUA